AUGUCGUCUUCCUGCGCUUAUCCGUGGGACACAUUCACAGAGUUCCCUCAGGAGCGCAGCUCGGUGAAUCUCGUGAGCACCUUAGGAGGAAACCUCUUUGCAAUUGGUGGCUUUGCUAUUGUAGAGCUGGAGGACAAAAACAUCGGGCCCUCUGAGAUCACUGACGUUUGGCAGUAUGAAGAAGACAAAAAGACAUGGAGCGGCAUGCUGAGAGAGAUGCGCUACGCUUCCGGCUCUUCCUGCGUUGGCAUGCGUCUGAAUGCUGCCAGGAUGCCCAAACUUUAAAUCAAACCAAUUUUUUUGAAGUGUGACCCCCCUGUGGUCAUGUGACCUUUGACCUCAGCACACAGCUGUCUGUGGUCAUUUAUAUGUAGUCUAAAAUGAGAAGCCAAGGGAACUAAACCUUUUUCAUAAAACUAAGUGUGAAAAAAGCUUUCGGGUUCCCUAAAGUAUUUUUUCUUUUACAUUUUAGACAAACACUGUUAAUGUGAAAUGUGUAUGUGUGUGUGUGUGAACAUGAGCCAUUUCCCAUUUAAUACCCUGACAGAUUGACAGAACCAUGUAAGCAAGAACAGGUGCAUUUCUGUAUUGUUAUACAGUAAUAAAAAUAAACUCUCAAAAAUACUUUAAAAAUACUAGGUUAUUAUAUGUAUGUGCAUUUUUUGUAAAAUAAACUAUUUUAAACCAUAUCAACGUUUUUAGCAGACAGUUUUCUCUGAUGAUUGCAAAAACAAAAAAGCCAUUUAUUUUGGCUAGGACUGGCUAAUUACAUUAAUUUAACUGCAGCAUAUUUAUUGAGAUACAUACAUACAUAUUUCAAUAAAUAAUACUAAUAAG